AUGGAGUUUAGUGACUUUUAUAAACAUAGUUCUUACCUUACAAAGUUUUCACCUGAUGGGCUUCACAUAGCCACGGUUUAUCAGAAGAGGCUUGCGGUUCGCGAUUCUAUUACUCUAAAAGUUCUCAACGUUAAUCAAAGCGAUACAGCUAUAGAGCACGUCAAUUGGUCGCCAGAUUCUCAUUUCUUCUUGGCAGCAAGUUAUACAGCUGGUACUGUGUACAUAGGAUGUAUUGGCGAGAAUAACUGGUCAGCAGUCAUAGAGGAAGGAACGGCUGGACUUAAACAUGCAAGAUGGACACCUGAUGGGAGGGGUAUCAUGUGUUUUUCAGAUUUCCGGCUACGUUUGACAAUAUGGUCACUUGCUACUGGUGAUGUUUGUUACAUGCAGAAUCCAAAAUACAAUGAGAAAGGUUAUAGUUUUCGUAAGGAUGGGAGGUACUUUGCUCUCACAGAGCGACGGGAGGGGAAAGACUUUAUAGGAAUAUAUGAUUGUGAAAAUAAAUGGAACUUAGUAAGGCAUUUUGCCGUCGACACUGUUGAUCUCGAUAACAUUGCGUGGUCGCCCGAUGGUCGUGUAAUUGCCGUCUGGGAUAAUUGCAUACAGUACAAAGUUUUGAUCUAUACACCAGAUGGUCGAUGUCAAAAAUCAUAUUGUGCAUAUGAAAUGGGUUUAGGGGUGAAGACAGCCACUUGGUCACCUUCGAGUCAAUUUCUGGCUGUUGGCAGUUAUGAUCAAAGGCUACGCUUUCUCGGUAACUACACAUGGGAACCAGUGAUAGAAUUUUAUCACGCCGGGGCUGUCAAUGUUGAAGGCUUGACAAUACUAAGAGAGGAUGUUGAAAUGCCUGCACGUGAAUACGAAAAACCAAUAGUUACAUAUAUUAAAGAGGAACAACCAUAUGAACUGCCAGCCAAUCGCGCGGGUCCAGAGAAAGGACAACCAAGAAUAGGUGUCGGCACUUGUAAAUUCAAUGCGGAUGGAACCCUGCUGGCAUCACGCAAUGGCAAGUCCUGUGUGUGGAUAUGGGAUAUCUGUAACAUACAACCCAUCGUAUUAAUCGUGCAAUUAAAACCGGUCAAACAAUUCCUGUGGAAUCCAAUUGAUCCUGACCAGUUGGCCAUUUGCAGUGGAUCCAAUACUCUGUGUUUUUGGUCCGCUCAUGAAAUGGAUGUUUGUCAUGUCGACGUACCCAACGCAACUUUCUGUGUAAACAACAUCCGAUGGCGUCCAGAUGGGAAAUCCUUAUUGAUAAUGGAUAAAAAUAUGUUUUCUACAGCUAAUUUCCAGUGUGAAGAGGAUGAGGCAGGGGAGCAAGAUUUAGCUUCAAUCAUUCAUUCUUCAUCUUCAUCUUCUAAUAUCAAAUAA